AUGGAAGAUAUUUUUUCCAUUUGGUUACAGCCAGACUUGAAGGCAGUAGAUACAUUCAACUGCAACAACGGCACCCAGUGCAGCUCGCUCACCGGCGUCUUCAACUGCUCCAAAGGGACACUGCUCCAAGUUCUCGCAGGUCUACAUCGUCUACAACAAGGCCGAUGGCAUCACAGUGGACAGCGACAAGGACAACCUCAAGCUCAACGGAUUCUUCAACUGCAUUCAUUCAAGCGAACCCGAAGAUUAAAUGCCGCCACCGCCUAUCUCUAUCAAUACACUCCAUUCCAACUUUCGCCGUCCAAGCGAGCUCUGGUAGCUAAGCUCGUAGCUCUCGAUUUCGAUGACAAGCGGAACAUCCUGAGCGUUUCCUUCCAGUCCCCGCUCUUGAGGAAACUGAACUUAAAUGAGGCAGUAACAGCGUCAGUGGUUCAAGAGCACUUUUUAGUUUAUUAUUCAGCUACUGGCAUCAUGUAG